AUUUCCUUUGUAUGUUUGUACACGAAUGGUGUAGAAUAGAGAAAUCAAUGAUUAAGGUUGACACUAUAAUGUGAUGUAAAUAAAAAGAAUGGAAGAUAUAUGGGUGAUAUUGGAAUACGUUCUUUCAUCUAUUGUGUGAAAUUGAAUCAAGAGUGGCUGGGAAGAUGGCGGCGGCAGAGUUAAAACAUGAUAAUGUUUCGUGCUACGAAACAACGAAAAGAAAUGCAUCGACAAUAAUUUCGCACAGAGAAAUAGAAUGUUACCGGUUCAGAUUGUUAGAUCUAAUUUACUACAUGACUUCUGUCAGUUUUUUUUUCGUCGAUAUAGCAACAGACAGUAUCGUUUUUAUGGAAUAUUUUCUACAAGGCCAGUUUAUUUGGGGAUGCUUUGCUUUGAGUUUUACAAUUUUACCUGCAGCCGUUAUUCAGACAUUUAGUUUGAGAUGGUACCACAGCGAUGGUUCCAUUAAAGCUAUACAUUGGUUAUUACAUUUUCUCUUUUUAGGAGUGUUACACAGGUAUUUGAUAUUACUUUAUGCUACAAUUUAUUCCUUAAGGAAUAAACGAUUUGUAAAGGAUAAAAAUUGGGUCUAUAGACAGGAAAGCGAUAUAUGUAUGCUGCAUCUGUUCGAAUCGUUUAUGGGGGCUGCUCCACAAUUAAUAUUGCAGCUAUACGUUAUGGCAGUAUUACGUCGUAUACCACUAUGGACAAGUCUGUCGGCUGUAGUGUCCUUCUGCUCGCUGUGCUGGGCCGUGGGUGCGUAUACAAAAGCAAUGCACAAAAUAAAUCCGGAUCACGAGGCAACGUGGUCAGCGUUGGCUCUGCAAGGUCUUUGGCGGGCUGGAAUGCUAAUAUCUCGAAUAUCUGUACUGGUAUUGACGGCGAUCUGUUUAAGGGAAUGGUUUUUAUUGUUUCUCGGACUCCACUGGCUAUUUAUGACUAUUUGGGUGAUCCUACAGAACACCGAUUUCUGUCCCACCGUAUGGGAGGAGCGUAUAUAUAACUGCAUCAUCGGAUUAAUUUAUUGCUUCGAUUUCUUCAAUCUGCGGGUUGGAAAAUCCCGUUACAGAAUACUGGUAUUCUAUUUCAUCGUGAUGACGGAGAACGUGUCCUCCUUGGUUGUUUACGUGGUGUGCUACAGAGACACGAUCACCGGCGAGGAGAUCGCGAUAACGACGAGUUUGGUGGUCGGAGGUAUGACGAUCGGUUUGUCGAGCAUGUUACUGUACUACGGGAAAUUUCAUCCGUCCAAGGUCGACGGUGUUGCACCCAAAGACACGAACAAUAGGUCCGAGAUGGUAGCCAAGACAGCCGUCACUCCACGAUCUUUCAAACAGUAUUAUGCGAAUUCGGCCUGUUCGGCCGACCAUUCGAGGGCAGCCAGCUCCGAGGAGGUGACCACGGACAAACAAUCCUUGUUGACGAACAUUGUACAGAGCUCGGAAUGCGCGGAUACGACCGGUAUCAUUAACCAAACCUGUAGGCUCGAGAACGAAUCGAACACUGCCGUGUGCGUGGUCGCCGAGCGCGAUUCGGCGCACAGCAGCUAUUCGAAAGACGAGGGUGCCGCGUCGAGCGGUUUGUCGAAAGCUUUGUUCUGCCCGUCCGACACUGUCGGACGGGAGCACGAUAUCGAGAACGACGAUGCCACCGAGGAGGCUAUUCACCGGCAGAAACGACGCGGUAUCUGUUUGCCAACGGCGCACAAUUUCGACAUAGACGCAUCGACGAAGGACCAUCCUCGAUCCGCGAAUUCCUGUCGUCCUAUCGCGUCGCAGAAGAGACGACCGAUCUGUAUCUCCACGCAGCUUGUCAUCGAAAUGGAGAACACCAGGAACGAAAAGGUCGCCCUAGAUGGGGAUUCGGAUGUAGGCGCGAAACUGGAGGAUCUGGAGAAUCGUUCUCCAGUCGGUGAAGGUCGCGAGAACGAUGUAAAUAGCGGGACGACGGUGUUAAGGGAUAGACUGAAGACUCCGCCUAUUUUCGAGACCCACGAUAAAAAUGACUUCUCGACCACCGAGAAACUCACGAAGGAGUUGCAGCAAAGGGACGAGACCAUGAGCUGCGUCACCUCCAUACACGAUUAUGAGAACGUCUGCCCGCUCGGUGUCGCGAGGCCACCUUGGUGUAUUCGCAGCUGGAAAGGGUACACCGACAUCGAGACUUACAUUCACGACGACAGCGUCGUACGGGACAGACGGAGGGAUACGUUAACGAGCACCACGACAGGGACAACCUACAGCUCGGAGUUCUCCGACGUCACCUGCGCCAGCUCGAUACUCCGUGGGAUUCUGAAGCAGGACGAUUACCUCGACACGCUCACCUACGAUCUUAUCGAGCCACGUGAAUCCAGGCAGCACCACAACGAGAACGACGAGAAAAGGAGUUCCGAGGCGGACGAACCGAACGCCGCCACGCUUUAUAUCGCGAAACCGGUCGUAAUCGAUGACAAGGGCGGUAUGUUCGCGCUGGACACCAUUCUAGAGGAACACGACGAGGCUUCCCCUCCUACGGUCGAGAAAUUCGAGUACGGUCGACCGGUCCGCGACUCUGUCAGCACCCUGGUGAACACGAUCGAUCAAAUCAGGAAGUACACGGCCGACAAUUCGCCGAGGCACGUCUACCACACGACGGGAACGCAGUGGGAGGAUUUCGAUCCGAAGAAUUUGAUAAGGAAAGCCCAGCUCACUAGGGCGUUGUUCAAUAACGAUCUGAAGGAUCCCGCCACGCGUAACAGGAAUUAUAUCAACCGGCUGGAUGAAUCGGAUUCGAUCGUUCGAGGGAAAUGCGAGGUGGACGCUAUUAGAAAGUUGGUGAAAUAUUGCGCGAUCGAGUCGAUUAAAAAAACUCCUUUGAUCGACGCGAUACUGUCUGAUUCCCCGAUUUUGGGGAACAAAACGAAGCCACAGAAACAGGACUCGGUUGCGUAUCGGGAAGACGAAUCCGAUUCCAAGGAACACGAUUUGUACGUCGAGAUGAGCCCUUUAGUACCUGUCGAAAAUGUUAAGGUUGUACAUAAUAAUUUAUCCGAGAGCGUUGUUGUAUCGUCGAGCGUUAUCAGUACCGAUCAUGCGAGCAUCGGCCGCGGGGAUGCUGUACCAAAUAUCUCGACGGGAUCGAUCAAGGCCGAUUCCGAUGACGCGGAGAGGACCGAACAAUCGUCUGAGAAACGUAGGAAAACGAUCAAUUAUCCGAGACGAAAGUUUUCGCUGUUAAAAGAGAAAUUCGAAACGAAGUCUCAACUGGUUUAUGUGGUCACUCCGAACAAUGCUAUUAAGAUAGGACAGUCGGCCAUCUCUUCCGAGCUGGAUACAUCGAAGAAGAACGUUUCAGUUCUAUUGAAAAAGACCACGGAUGUCUCCACGAGACACGAUAAAGAGAAUUUAGCCCCCGCAGCGUCGUUGAACGUCGCUCACGCGACGAUCACGGCAAAUGAUGGAUCUCAUACGAAUCGGGAAACGAUUCAGGAAAACGAAAAAUCGUUGUGCAAUACCGAUUUAAAUUUAAAGGAGAGGAGGCAUAUAUUCUUGGAGCAGGUCUUGUCGCCCCCGAAACUGUUGACUUGGAACAAACGGAAAUCCCUAGUCGGUUCGGCCGUGAAAAAAUUCUAGAGAACCCGGCCAAUUAGGGAUUUAUGUUUCAAUUCGAUUUACUUAUUCCCAUCU